AUGCGGGCAGCCGUUGCUAUUAUAGCUUUGCAGACUGCCUUCCAAGCAGCACUUGGAGCACCUCAGUAUGCUGGCAAGUCUGAAGAACACAUAGCUGUGUUGGAUGACGCAUUACACGGUCGUCAAUAUCCGAGAGCCUACACGAACAGCCAACUCACUGUUGACGAGCCCUCUGAGAUCUUUUAUGAGGGCAAGGAUGGCACCGCUCAGGCACCGCCAGCUCCAUUGAAUCAAAAUGCGGUGGAGUAUGUCAACAUACCAGACGAUGCUACCAAAAAUGAUGGAGGCUCCUCUCAGUCACCCAACCAGAAUGGCGUAUCCAAACCUGAUGGGCUAGUUGGAAUUGCAAAUGGAGGCGGCUCAUCAGGAGUAGGAGCAGCUGUAGGAACAGGACUGGGAAUAGGAGCGGGAGUAGGACUUGGAACCCUGGGUAAGGUAGGCUCAGGAAUCGUGUCAGGCACUGGAUCAGGGCUGGGAUCGGGGAUCGGAUCGGGAGGCGGAGCACCUAACACUGGAAACACUGGAAACACUGGUGUGAAUUCCGCAAACACCGCAGGCCUUGCGGGAGCUGGAACCGCUGCUACUAAGCCCACGAUAUUUGAGGGCGAUGUGAGUGAGGUUCCUCCGCCCAAGGAACCCGAGACGCAACUCAUCAACUUGGAUGAGGAAGCCCCCGGUAGCUCCGGCGAAGGUACUCCCAAGGCUGAAGGUGAAGUAUCACCUGUAGAAGGUGAGAUUAGCCAGGAAAGCUCUCAAGCCCUUGACAGGUGUUUUAGUGGGUCAUCUGCGAAGCGCAGCCCUCCCACUUGGGCUAAAGAGGCAUUCCGUGAGGCUAGAGAUUAUGCUAAGUCAGGAAAGACCGCUCCUGGAUCCAACUACCCACAUGAAUACAAGAACUUUGAGAAGACCUUCAGGAAAGGAGGAAGGUUAAUGGAGUACCCUAUUGACCCAAAAAACCAAGGCUACAGCGGUGGAAAUCCAGGGAAGUCUCGUCUUAUCAUUCGUGAAGGUGCCAAAGGUAAUUGGGAAUUUGAGGGGGUAGUCGAGCAUCAAGAUGAUGGCACAUUCAAGAAGGUUUGCUAA